ACCAAUGCGUGUAGUAAAGUGAUAUCAACAAAACAGUGAGACGAAUCCACGAACGUUCCACACCAAUUUUCAUGUGCUAUCUUAUUACCCCAUCAACCUGGUCUCCCAUCCGAAGUGAAUAAUAGUCUGCUGUUAAAUCUAACUUUUUUCUACAUAAAAUUAAUGACUACCGCUCUAACUUGAUGCUGAAUCUUUAACUUACCAGACUGGGAAUUGUGGAGUAGCAUAUCUACCUUGUCUGUAGUGUUUAACCAUUAACCUUGAAUAAUGAUAGCGUAUGCACGCCUCCUGCUGAUAAUUUUCUUCAGCGUUGCCGAUGUUUUCUUUGGCUUCUCCUUUUACUUCCGUUGGAACCAAUAUAAACGAUUCGGAAUGGAUUUAUUGAAUUAUAACUUUGUUCACUCUAUGUUUGAGUUUUGGCUGUUCUCAAUGUUGAGAAUGAUCAUGCUCUCGAGUGCAACUUUAGGAGUCAUUACGGAGCCCCAAGAGAUUUUGUCGUUCAUAAAGGACAUGAGAUACGCUGUAGGUGUGAUGAACAUACUUGUGGUCCUCUACACUUUGGCAAAAAUCAUGUUAUAUACUGAAUACCUGGAUGGCAACCAUGAUGAUGAUCCUUGGUUCUUAACUUUUGGAGCUUGGACAAUGGUGGCCUCAUUGAUCAUGUACGUCAUAUGGAUACACAUUCUGAAAGAGCCACUGUAUUCUAAUAGCGGAGAGAAGGAAGGAAUCGAAGGAAGUAGGGACAUCAAAGAUGAUCAUGCCAUUCAUGGCGGAGAGUUGGAAAAAGUGAAGAACUAUGUCAAAUGGCAAGCGGUGUUUGUUCGAUUGAUGUCCUACGCUAAACCCGACUGGCUGUUCCUAUUGGGAGGAAUUAUUUCUAUUGCAUGCUUUUCUGUUGGUAAUUCCUUUGUUCCAUUCUGGAUUGGUCAAGCCGUUGAUGGGGUGCUUGCUGGUAAUCAGUCAGAAUUCCACAAAGCCAUAGUCCUGCUGAUCCUGAUCUCACUUUUUACAACAAUAUGCGUUGGUCUUCGGAUUGGAUUAUUAAAUUUAGCAAUGGCAAGACUCAAUCGCCGCAUCAAUAAUUGUCUUUUUGAUUCCAUCAUAAAGCAGGAUAUUACAUUCUUUGAUGAAAAUAGUACAGGAGCGAUACUCUCACGUCUGUCUCUCGACACAACCACCAUGAGUAAUUCUCUCGGGCAAAGCUUCAGGAUAUCUACCUUGAAGAUCUUCAAUAUUGUUUUCAGCACCGUAGCUAUGGUCAUCCUCUCAUGGCGGCUCUCUGUCAUCAUUAUCCUUAAUUUAGUGUUCCUAGCAGUCAUCACAGACCUCGUCGGAACUUACUAUGAUAAGCUGGCGAGGAAGGUCCAAAGCGCUCUGGCCUUGGCCAACAUCAUAGCCGAAGAGAUCAUCUCCAAUAUAAAGACUUUUCGAUGCUUUGAUACCGAAAAGAACGGUAAAAGUACCUAUAGUGAUAAGUUAGACUCUGUUUAUCACCUGCGUAUGAAAGAGGCAGUAGCCGUAGGUACACUACAGGUGGUAGUCUCGACUAGUAAGCUGGUGGCGUUUAUACUGGCCCUCUUUUAUGGAAGCCAUCUUGUUUUAUUUGGAAAGAUGAGUGGAGGAACAUUCGUCUCUUUUGUGUUGUACCAGAGGCAAAUCGGAAACAACAUCGCGACGAUGUUUAAUGGAUUUUCUCAUAUUAUGAGAGCGGCAGGAGCCUCCAGAAAAGUGUUUGAACUGAUCGAUUUAACUCAUUCGUCUGCAAAAAAAGGUAGUCUGAUGCCAGAAGAGUUCGACGGCCAGUUGGAGUUUAAAGAUGUCACGUUUGCUUAUCCAGCCAGUCAAUCUAUCCCGGUCCUGAGGAAUAUAAACUUUACUGCGUCUCCAGGAAAAAUGUUGGCCAUUGUUGGUCCAAGUGGUGGAGGGAAAAGUUCUUGCAUCGAGCUUAUCAAACAUUUUUAUGAUUGUACAUCGGGGGAGAUUCUAUUAGACGGAAAUAACAUCAAUCAGUAUACCGAUUUCUAUCUUAAUAAAAAGACUGCCUUCGUUGGACAAGAACCCGUUGUUUAUGCAAAAACCAUCAAAGACAACAUUUCUCACGGCCUUGAGAAUUGCAGCUUGGAGCGCAUCCACAACGCAGCAAAACUGGCCAACAUCCAUGACUUCAUUGUUGGUCUUAAGAAGGGUUACGAGACGGAAGCUGGCGAGAAGGGUUUUCGAUUGUCAGGAGGUCAGAAACAACGAGUGGCCAUAGCCAGAGCCUUGGUGAGGAACCCCCAGAUAUUACUUCUCGAUGGCGCCACUAGCGCUUUAGAUGCUGAAAAUGAACAUCUUGUCUUGGAAGCCAUCUUAGAAAAAAAGGGAUGCCCUACCGUGGUGAUUGUUACUAAUUGUCUGAGUACCAUGGAAAAGGCUGAUCGCAUCGUGGUCAUUGAUGACGGUAUGGUAGUCGAGCAAGGUGAUCAUCAAGAACUCAUGAGCGCCAAUCGCCUUUAUGCGCACCUCCAACGCCAUCAACUCCGGUGGUUGAAAAACGGUGACCAUGAAAUUAAAUGUAAGCAUGCUCAGAUUGAACUGUAAAAAUUUCCAUUCCCGGCAAUGGCAAUAUUUUGUAAAAUUAAUAUUAUUCUUAUCGGCAUCACCAUCAUCACCACCACCAGCAUCACCAUCAUCACCACCACCAUGAUCGUCACCAUCGCCAUCAUGAUGCGUCAUCAUUAUCAUCAUCACCAUUAUUAUCAUAUUACAACACUAGUUCUAAUUUUAUUAUUUUUUAUUUAACUUUCGUUACGAUUGGAUUUUUCAUAUUUUCAGAAUUGAAUGUCAAGUUUAUCCAUACAAAAACUUGAUAAGAAUAUGUAGGGUUGAAAAUAAUACAAGUCUUAAGGGGAAAAUAAAUGUUUAACUGAAGAUGGGAAUAACACAAGCUCAAUCAUACACAUCAAACGGAAGCAAACGGAGAUGAGAAGAACUUAACUAUGAAGACACGGGAACAAAAUAAUGAACUUAACUCGAUGAAGUCUGGUCGUGCACUGCUAUAUCUUCUGGGCUUCCUUGCCUCGGUAAAACUCAUGACAUUACACACAAUCAACCAAUGAAAAUAAAGAGAAUGGAGAAGCCAACUGAAAGUGGAAAAGUCUAAUUCAUAAAAAUAACCAAUAGAGAUGGAGGAUGGAGAUGAAUAAGAUGUUGGGAUGAUUACAUAAUAAGAAUGUUGAACAAAAGAAUCAGAUGUGGGAAUGUAAUGAAUGAACACAUCUGAAUAGGAAAGGAAUGACAGAAGAAGCAGGUUGAAAGUCAAAUGUAAAUGGAUGACAACAGAAGCAUGAAGAAUGUAAACAAAGCUGAACUAAAUACCAAAGCUUGAACUGUAAAUAACUAAAACUAUUGAAGGAAACCAAAUGUCAAAAUAACAGUCCUACAUAAACAUCCUUCUUUCAAAAAAAUUGUCCUCAAUUUUUUAAAUACAUAAAAAAUAUUCUUAGCAGACACAUUCAAUGAUUUGGACACAUUUAAAGAUUAAAACUAUCAAACUGUAACAAAAAUUAUCAAGUUGGAAAAUAAACUACUGAGUAAUACAAAUAAAAAAGACUCAUUUUGUAUAAUUUGUAAAAUUACAAUCUGAUGAAACUUCUAUAGUCUAAAAAUGAUAAGAAAUUAUUUAAAUUGAACAUUUAACUAAGUCUGACUUUGUGCAAUAUCAUUGAUAAAACUUCAAUAAAUAUACAGUGAUUAAAAUUGAAAUAAUUUUGAGCAUUAAGGUAUACAAAUGAAACAUUUCAAAAAUUUAGUUUGUCAUAAUCUCCUUUAGUUUUACAAUUUCAUAUAUUGCACUUAGUUCACAUUAUUUUCAGAUUUAGAAAUUGACAAAAUUUAAAUAUUUAAACAUCUGUAAUAUCAAAGUAUUAAAAUACAUUCAGAUUCAAUACUGAGCUGAGAAAAUUAUAAUUUUGAUAUAUUGCACAAUAAUUGUAAUCACUUGAUCCAUAUUGACAAAUCGUAACUAUAUUUCAAUCUAUGUACAUUUGAGACACCAAUUUAAGACAAAUAAAUACCUAAAGAAAAUUAUCUGAUUCAAUAAACAAAAAUAUACUUUUGUAGAAUUUGAAGGAUCUUGCUAAAAAAAAUGUUUCUAUUUAUAAGCCUAACAUUAAAUCAAAAUAGGCAUGUGAUUCAUUCCAGUUAAGAAUCAAAUAUAUGGGUUUGAUAAAAAGUGAAUAUUGAUUGCUUUUUUAAAUCGAAUUCAUUUGUGUAUAAGAAAACACUCGAGUAUAAAUAAAAUACUGGAAUUUGUGUAUCAUAUGCCUUUUACAGUAUAUAAAGAAAUAGAUCAGUUUGGAUACAUAAUUUAUCUAAAAAUUCAUAAAAUUUUACUUGAAUUUAGAAUUUGGCUAUCAUAGUAAAUAUCUAUCGUUUUUACAUGUAACCAAUUGAAUAGAACUUAUUAAUACAUUUGGCAAGAUCAUUCCAUGGAUCAAUCUGAUACAAAAUUAUUUAGUAAACAAAAAUUGCAUAAAUCUAAAGUUAAGGGAAUUGAAUGAUCACAGAAAUCAUAUCUUGUUCAGAAAUUAUUUUAUUUUUUUUACGAAUUUAAAAUCUGUGACUAAAUUUAAUGAAAACUUUUAGUAUUCUCACCAUCAGGGAAAUAAAUUGUCCAAUAGUUCCAGUUAAAGUGUAAGAGUUUGAGAGAAGAAUGUAGUCUGGUGGUAAAAUGGAGACAUCAAGUUCAAGUUGUUGAAUAUCGUACCUUCUUAGGGGGCGAAAAGUUUUCACUUUUAUGAGAUUUUAUGAUACAACACGAAAGGUAAUUUGAAAUGCCAUGAAAACUGCAUGACCGUCAUUAUUUUUCAUCAUAUCUACAUGUGAAAAAACGAAGAAAUGUUCAAUGUUUCAUAUCAUAGACUGCAAAAUAAAUAGUGUGUGACACCAUCGAAUCCCUCAUUUGCAAACCGACGAAAGUGAGCAUCUGAAAAUUAAAGAAAUUUUGAAGUAAUCAUAAUUUUCUUGUUUUACUUGUAAUUCAGAUGAAAUUUUCAGUGUUAUGCUGAUUUGAUUUUCGAUGUUCCAACCAACUUGUAUGUGUAGGCCGGGUGGACUUGGAUUUUUAUGAUUAUUAUUAUAUAAUUUCUUAUCAGAAAUUGGAUUUUUAUGUGUCUGGCACCCCUUUGCCUUUUAAUUGAAUUAUAUAUUUGCUACCUGCUGAACGGCAGCAUGUCUCGCGAGGUAGACUGAGGAAUUCCCAUCACUUGGACCUUCCUUAUACUAGAACUGAACGAUAUAGGAAAUCAAGUGUACCCUCACUUGUCAAACUGGUCAAUGCUCAGUUGUAAAUGUUUAGCUAUAUGAAUAAUUUAUUUUAUUUAUAUACAUGUAUUUGUUCUCAUUAAUGGUAAAUUUUGAUUUUCUUUAGAAUUAUUAUGAAUUAUUUUAUCAGCCUCAAUCCCAUAUCUCAAAGUAAUCUCGGUUCCAUUCCUAAUGGAUUUCAUAUCUCAAAGGUUAUUAUUAUUAUUUAAAUGUUCUAUAACUAUGAUUAAUCCUGUUGCAAUAACUUGAUUCUAAAUCUCUUCAUAAUGAAUAUCAAAUCUGAAUUAUAUUUCUGACCUUUUUGUUGUAUAAUUGUAAGUUUAAAACAGGUUUUUCCCCAAUACACAAUUAUCAGAAUCCCAUGCUAGUAAUAUCUACUGAAAUCUCACUUAUGCAUGACUCAAUCAACCAACUGUUUCUCAUUUAUAUGUGAAUAAUUUUUUAAGUGUAUAUACAAUCUUCAAAUGUAAAUAAUAAUCAAUGUAAACAUUGCACAAUUAGUCUUCGGACUACAGCAUUGUAUUCUGUUUUACAUCUAAUAAACCGAAUUGAAUUGAAUAUGUUCCACUUAACUAUUUCCGAAAUAUCAAAUAUAUACCACCUUGGGCAUUGUGAAUACGUGUGCCUAAUGACUAAUGUAAUUAAAAAAACAUCAUUGAUCAAUACAUGAAAGUAUAAUAGAUUUGUAUAGUUAUUAUCAUCAAUAUAUCAAUACAGUGGAAUCAUAUGAUCAUUUAAUUUUAAAUAAAUUCCCUGUUCAUUAGCAGAUAGUUUAUCCAUUUGAAUAUAUCAAUCCAUGUUUAAAACUCAUUUCUUAAAGGGGAAGUUGACCCUGAAGGAAAGAUUGUUGCAAAAAUAGCAGAAUAUAAUAAAAAGAAAUAUUGAUGAAGGUUUGAGGAAAAUCCAUUAAUGAUUAAGAAAGUUAUUCGAAUUUUAAGUUUUGGAUUUGUGACAUCAUAAACGAGCAGCUGCCCCCUGUGUUAUGAAAUAUAAAAUGCAUAAAUUUCAAUUUUUUAAUGGUUCGUGAGGACUUAUAUUAUUUUAGUGUUCUCUUUAGGAAUCAUGUGAAAUGAUUUGUCUAUUAACAUACUGAAUGUACAGUAAAAUCAUUUUCAAUUUUCUGAGAAAGUGACAUUUCAUUGGUUUUUUUACCAUACGAUAUGUACGAGGGCUGCUCCUAUAUGACGUCACAAAUCAAAUAAUUAAGAAUCAAAUAACUUUUCUUAUUCUUUGAUGGAUUUUCUAAAACUUUCACCAAUAUUUUUUUUUAUUAUUUUUAUGCUAUUUUUACAAAAAAAUACUUUUUGCCAGUGUUAACUUCCCCUUUAAUAUUAAACCAACAUGCGUGAAUAAAUUCGCGCAAUUCUUGGAAGAAAUUUAGUUAAAAAACAUUGUACCCAAGAUCAUGUUCGUAUACAAGUUACGGUAGUAUUGUUGUAUCCCCCCCCCCCCGUCCUUUCGUUUCUUUCUCUCCCUCCCUCCUCGCCCCUCUUCUUUCCCUAUGUUUCUCUAUAUCUCUCUUCCCCCCCCCGCUCUCUAUCAUACUGCUCGGUACUUAUACGUGUAUCAAUUUAUUUGUAUUGUAUUCAUAUUGAUAUCUAAUUAUCGUGUAUUCUGUAUCGAACAGUAAUCUAACAAUGUAUUGUGAUUGUAACGUAUAAUGAACUGUGAUACUUUUAUGCUCUUAUAAUGUAAAUUCAUCCUGCCGGCUAACCUAUAACAGGUUGACGCGCCUGGUUCUUUUUAUACUUGAUCUUUAAUAAAGACAUGGUGUACUACUAUACGAAUUGCGAAA